UUUAGUUGUCGUGUUACUAUUGAAAUGAACGGUCGUCGCGAGAAGAGUCCGCUGUUAAAUGAAAAUAUUUUAGGUUUUUUCAUGGCAUCAAAACCAAAACAUUAAGAAAAUUGUUGACUUUUUGUACAUGAACGAGCAUAUGUUUGGCGAAUUUGAGUGAAAACACCAACAGUGCACCAGGCCAUCAAGUGGACAAAUCAUCUGCGAAAUGUUUUCCAGUAUGUCCAAAUAAAUUUACUUCCAGAAUUAAGUAAAAAAGUGGUACUGAAGCUGGUUCGGUUCGAUUUAUUUUUGUGUAUUUAUUCAAAUUGUUUGCCUUUGUGAUGAGUGCGAGUUGUGAGUACUCCGUACUCCCGCGACGAAAAAUAAGCUCUCGUGUUUUCGUUGACUUCGUACGGUUAAUGUUUUGUGUCAACUCGUUUUAUUGAAAUUUGUUUGAAAAGAAAGAAAAAAAACAGAAUUGUGCAUGUGUUUAAUGUGUUCUAGAGGGAUUCGGUGAACGUUUAAUCCCGACAAGAGAACACGUUACAUCGAAGUGAAUAGAAUGGAAAAUGCAUAGAAAUGAUUUUGCAAACACGCAUCGGACAAAAUAGAAAUUGAAGGAGAAGCUGUCGCAACACAAUCGAAGUGGUUAAAUACUGUACUCGUCCAGUUCUCGACCAGCAAGAAAGAGCGACAUUCAAAAUUUAUGAUGACUGUCAUCAGGGUUGUCUGAACCAGAACUUUGAUGUCAAAGAUACAAAUUGCCCGGCUCAUCAUAGCUGCCUGUCUGGCCAAACCAAAUGCAAACAAUCGGAUAUAAAAAUAGAUUUCAAUUGUCUACAAAUAAAUGUCACUGCAAAUUUAAUUACAGCAAAGAUACAACAAAACCAAAUCAUAUCUAACCUUAAAACUCGGUCAUUCUCACCCCGGCAAAGCAACGACCGCAAAAAAAUUAUGCAUUAUUAAUUUCAACAAUAAAUGCAAAUGGAAAUAUCAACGUCAACGUUGACAGCAGUGUCGAUAUAGUUUACCACCAAUACUCUGCACAAUGUGAAUGUAGAGCGGAGCUCAUCUACCCCCAUUAUCUACGCCAGCGCCGUCAGCGACAGCGACAUUAAUUUUAAUUAGAGCAAAUCAAAAAAGUAUAAAAAAUAGGAACAACAUCAGCUGAACCACUAUCGAGCUAAGCUGAGCUGCAACGGCCGCACAUCACACAGGAUCACAGCGAUUCAAUUAUGCAAAUAUUUAAUCACAUGUGACAGAAAAAGUUUUGCGAUUCAUCACCGAAAUUUAGAAGCAAUUAAGUUUCGGUUUUUUCUAAUGCAACUGAAGGAUUUGAAUUUGAACAUUUAAAGCGAGAGAGUGAGGCCCUGGAACAGACGUUGUCGAAAAAAAAACAUAACAAAGGAAUACGGCGACGCAAAGAUACUAAUGUUAAACAUAUUUGAGAGAAUUAAUCAUCACCAUGGACUACACUAGUUUGGGCUGUUGUGCUCUGGCAUUCGUCCUUUACCUGAACACCUUAAAUUCUGGAUUUGUAUACGACGACAGACGUGCAAUUCUAGCCAACACGGAUGUCUCAGGUACAACGCCAUGGCAAAGUGUUUUCCUGCACGACUACUGGGGCACACCGCUAACAGAUAGCGGUUCACACGGCUCCUAUCGGCCACUGUGCGUCCUUACAUUUCGACUGAACUUCCUCCUCAGUGGCUACAAUCCAUGGGGCUUCCAUCUGGUGAACAAUCUGCUGCACUGCCUAGCCACUGGCUUGGUGGUGAAGCUGGCUCGUCAUUUUCUCUCCUCAGUGUGGGGUGUUUUUGCGACGGGAGCCCUUUUCGCUGCACACCCCAUACACACUGAAGCUGUGGCCGGCAUCGUUGGCAGAGCUGAUUUAGCCGCGUGUGUUUGCUAUUUAGUGGCUUUCCUGACAUAUAUGCGUCACAUAGCGUGGCGGGAGAAAGGCGACCCCAUGCAAUGGCUGGCCUUAGGAUUAACCAUACUGACGUCCAUUGCAGCACUUCUAUUCAAAGAGACAGCCAUAACGGCGUUGGCAGUGUGUGGAAUUUUCGACGUCAUACGAGGACUGGCUGGCCUGAAGGACAAACAUCGCCUACGUAGUCUCUGUGUGCUGGGAUCAAUUUUAGUCGGCUGUGUUUACUGCCGUUUGGCGGUUAUACCGCGACCUCAGACUUUAUUCUCGACUGCUGACAACCCCAUCGCAAAAACAAAUUCGAUGUGGACACGCUUCCUGACAUUUCUCUAUCUGCCCGUAUUCAAUUUCAAACUGUUGCUGAACCCACAAGUGCUUAGUUUUGAUUGGGGCAUGAAUGCCAUCCCCCGAAUCACCAGUGUCUGGGAUGGCCGCAAUAUGUUGAGUGUAGGCUUCUACGGGGCACUGACGCUGACCGCAUGGCGCAGCUACUGCACUUUACUGAAUCGACACAAACGCCUCCAAUCUGGCCAGCAGCAAUCGCUGCUAUUAGCAGGCAGUGCGUACAGUGACACUACAUACCACCUGAAACCACAAAGUUUGCGUAAGUCACGAACCAAGCGAAAGUAUUGCAAACAAGUGCAGUGCCACACCGCAGGUGCGGUACCGCCAGCUUCGGAACAAUGUGAUAAUUAUUACAUUAUGAGGGCACCGUACUCCCAAACUUCACCCUCUCACAGUGGCGCAACCUGCUGCUCCUAUUUAAAACAAAAACUCCUCGGCAUAUCCUCGCCACAGCAGGCGGUCUGCGGCGACUGCAAAUUGGAAUUGAGUUCCCUGCACCACUGCACCUCGUGCAGGGUCUUAAAUAAUAACAAUAACAACAACAACAGUAUAUUGACACUAAGCUCAUCGAAUGUAUACCGCAGCGAGUGCUGCUGUCACCAGUUAAUGUCUUCCAGUGGUUCCGUUGGGACACCACAACUUUUUAGUUUUGCGCUACACAAGGCCAUCUCCUGCGUGGUGUCGUCACGCAGUUCCCGCAGCAGCAGCAGUUGUAGUAAUUCUACGACGGCAAGUAACAAGAGUUCUGAUAGCAGUGCUUCCUCCACCUCCACCUGCAGCUCACAGUCGUCGAAGUCCUCCAGUUCAGUCUUAUCGUCGCACCGAACACCAUCCUGGUCCACGCUGCAGUCGCACGAAGAUUAUCUCUUGUCGCACAUGACUCCCAAAUGUGCGAACGCCAGCAUUCUACUGAUGGCCAUGGCAUUUCUCACCCUGCCCUUCCUACCUGCCACAAAUCUCUUCUUUUACGUGGGCUUUGUAGUAGCCGAACGCCUGCUCUACCUACCAAGUGUGGGAUUCUGUCUUCUGAUUGGGUUUGGCGUUACUAAACUCUUUGACCGAUUCCACUCCAGCAAGUGUCCGCGAAACCGGCAAAUGAUUCUGGCCAGCCUAUUUGUUCUACUCUUCGCGCUGAGUGCCAGAACUGUGAGGCGAAACCUGGAUUGGAGAGAUGAAGAGAGUUUGUAUCGCAGUGCUGUGCAAAUAAAUCCACCUAAAGCUCUUGGCAAUUUAGGAAGUGUCCUUAGUUCCUUGGCUCGCUACAAAGAAGCCGAGGAAGUGCUGUUAGAAGCCAUCAAAUAUAGGCCAAAUAUGGCAGAUGUGCAUUUUAAUUUAGGAAUUUUAUAUCAGAAUCAACAAAAUUAUAAAUCCGCUGUAGUGAGUUUCAAAAAGGCCUUGAAUUUUCGACCUAAUUUAGCAGUGGCUUAUUUGAAUUUGGGCAUUUCGCUAAUAGCAUUAGGCAAAUGCCAAGAUGCGGCACAGGUGCUGCAGGAAGGGUCCAAGGUGGAUGGCACCGGUGUCAGAGAUCGGCAAGGCCAUGAAAAUGCUCGCAUUACAUCGUACCUGCAAUUGGGAUCCCUGUAUGUGGAACAGGGGAAGCUCCAUAGGGCUUUGGCAGUAUAUCGUGAAGCUCUUCAUGAGCUGCCGCACAACUACUACAAGCGUGAUGUGCUCUACCACAGAAUCGGUGAUAUUUUCGGACGGCUUCAACAGUGGGAUGAAGCGGAACGACAUCAUAGGGCAGCCUUGGAUCUACAACCAAACCAAGUUGCUGCUCAUUUGUCCUAUGGCAUAACGUUGGCCAGAAACAGCAGCAGAAUACAUGAGGCUGAAAUGUGGUUUAAACGCGCUUUGCAGUUAGCACCUGAGGAAGCCAGUGUUCACCAUCACUAUGCCGAAUUCCUAACAACACAAUCAAGAUUGGCCGAAGCUAUAGUUUAUAGAAUAAAAGCGGCCGAGCUUGCACCUCAAGAUUACUCACUGGUGGUGGCUGCUGCCACUGCCUUAAGACUAAUGGAUCGCAAGCUGGAAGCGGAAUACUGGUAUAGAAAGGCUGUCAGUUUACGACCAUCUGAUGCGCAUGCGCAUACAAACCUUGGUGCUAUUCUUCACCUGCUUGGGCGUACCUCAAAUGCUGCCGCUAGUUACAAAGAAGCCCUACGACUUCAACCUGGAGAUGCAACAACUUUGGGAAAUCUUGCCAAAUUGGGACUGACGGACACCAAAUAGACAACCGCACACAAUUCAAACUAGCAGUGCAAACAGACCAGAAAUGUAACCAACGCAUACAAAUGUAUAAUUAAAUGUGUGCUAUAUAAACAAUGUACAUAACCUAUACAUACACACACAUACGCAUAUGGACUCAAAUCGAAGAAACCAACAAAUCUUGAAAAGAUAUGUAAACAAAUGUAUAAUAAGCAACCAACACUAAUCUACAGACCAACAUUUAAAAUUUAAUUACGAAAUGAAAUGUUCGACUUUUUAUGUAAAUAUUUGCAAAACACAAAUUGACACAAUGUCAAAGAAGAUUCCCAAGAAAUCUGGUAAUUUUGUAACGACCUCUUACUUCGCAAACACGCAAACAGUAAACCUCACCACACCGUCUUCAGACCUGUUUUUCUUAUGGUUUACUUCGUUUAUAUUACGCCAUGUGUUUGUUUUAUUUUUCAUUUUUCGUUGUACAUAGCCUUUCCCAAAAAAAAAAAAAAACGAAAUCGUUUUUGUAUCAAUUCCAUCCCACCAUCCCCACCAUUGUAAAUAACAACUACACAUGUUUCGGGUCUGCGAAGAAGAGCGACAGAACAGAGGGUACAUUGUAUGGAGUAUAUAAUUUCUGUUAAGUUUACUUGUAGUUGUAUUGCAUUAUUAUUCUGUAGAUAAUUUAACAAAUAUAUAAAGAAAUUUAUCCGAGAAAUUACAUUCCUCAAUCACCCCACCUGCAUAUCCUGACCAUCCUCCCUCAUCCACCACGUUCAGCGUACCCUGACGAUGAGUAGAACAUUUGCAGUCGUCGUUUCGGACAUGUCCAAAUGAUUACAACAAAGAACUUAUCUCAGAUAACAAAUAAACAUAUUGUAAAUUAUGACAACAAAUUAUAUAACGCAAGGAAUAUAUUCGUAUAAAUAUAUAUUAUAAAAAAGAAAAGAGAGAAAAAAUAUAAAUACAUAAAAAUUGAAAA